CGUGCAAUGCUUUUGUUUUGCAAUCGGUUUAGCGUGAAAUCAUAAAACAUGAUCUUGGAAAAUGAAUGAAGCGGAGUCUUUUCAACGAACCUACGAUCGAUUGCAUGUAGCCUUUUCUAAAAAUCAUGCCACAAAUUCAAAGACUAAUGAUGACACGAACGCUUGAUUUAAAGUACACGGUGAUGUAAUAAAUAAUUUAAAAACAGCUCAAGUUAUUUAGUCAUUUCUGAAUGAAAUGCGUCUCUGGCAGUAAGUCAGCGGUGAUGACACUGGCUUGUCUGCUGUGAACUCGGGCAUUGAUUGGAUCCCAGCACUGAUGUAGGAGGGUUUAGACGCGACUGUCAGCUGCCACAGACCAGCCAAGAAAGCUGGCGGAGAUAGCUGCAGGUAAACGGAUCAAACCACACAUCAACAAAACGCGUUUUUGAGAAAUACUUAUGGCCAUGGAAAGCCACCUCCUCGUUGAUCUAGCCUCGAAGAAAAAUAUUGAUAUUUCCAGAAACUAAACGUUGGCGUUGCGUCGUGAGAAAAUCAGUCAGUCAAAACGUGUGUAACACCUUGUGCUUGGCAGAAGAAAAGCCCGUUGUCACCGUUUUGUGAACGACACGCGUUUUCCUAAGGAACUUCGAAGAUAGCGGCCCGUUUUCAGACCAGCCACAAACAAUGAAACCAGUCAAAAGAGCACUGGAGGAAGAACGAGGCGGCGAGACAGAAUAUUCAGCCAUGUCAGACAGUGACGCGGGUGAAGAUGACGGGUACCCCUUGGAUCUCUCUGGCGGUGGAGCCGGGGGCUCUGGGAAACGGCGUCGACGUGGGAAUCUACCCAAGGAAGCGGUGCAGGUGUUGAAAAGCUGGCUGUUUGAGCACCGCUUUAACGCCUACCCGUCCGAACACGAGAAACUCAGCCUCUCCGGACAGACCAACCUCUCCGUGCUACAGAUCUGCAACUGGUUCAUCAACGCGCGGCGGCGCCUGCUCCCGGACCUGCUGCGCAAGGACGGCAAGGACCCGACCCAGUUCACCAUCUCGCGGCGCGCCGGCAAGGCGGAGGGCCAGAGCGGCCGCCACUCCAGCGGGGGCAGUAGCAGCAGCAGCUGUAGCAGCAGCAGCAGCGGGGCAGGAGGCCCCAGCUCCCCCGAGAGCCCCGCACCCCCCUCCCUCCCCGCUAUGCGCCCCUCCGUCAUCCGGAACGCGCCCACGCUCGACCUCAGCCUCCUGGGCAACACCGCCACGGCCAUCCUCGCCAGCGCCGGCUGCCUCCCGGGGGCCAGGGACGGGCCCGGACCCGUGCGAGCCCUCAUGCAGGCGGACGCGCCGGGCCUGCUGCUGAAGAAGGAGCACCGCGCCGGGGGGUACGGGCAUCAUCGCAGCGGCGACGAGUCUCCGCUCACCGGCAACACUCACCCGGGCUCCAGCCCCAACGGUCUAACCUCCAUACCUCCAGCCCCGGGCACCACCUCCAUCUCCAGCCUGGGCACGGCCAGCCCCACGGGGGGCCUGUUCAACACGCCGCCCCCCACCCCGCCGGAGCUGUGCCCCUCGCAGGACUUCAGCGACCUCAAACUGCUGGUGGAGGCGGCUCUGCAGCGCGCAGCCGAGCAGGAGCACCAGAAGAGACUGCUGCAGGAGAAACAACAACAGCAGCAGCAGCAACAGAAGUUGGCAUCGCUGGCAGCGCUGGGCACACCACCUUCCUCCUCCGAGUCGCCCUCCGCCAUCAAGAGAGCCCAGCAGCACCAGCCUGAGCCCUGCAUCGUGCGAGCCGCUAAGACCGAACAGGUACAGGUGCCCAUUCCGAUGCCCAUGGUCGUGCCCACCCCGAGCAGGGACUCUGCCAGCCUGCAGCUAGAGAAGACGACGGUGCUGCCAGUCUCCGUGCCCGUGUUUGGUGGCGGUGGUGCCCAGUCGCCGCUGUCCUCGUCUCUGCAGGUGGGUGGCGCCGCCGCCAUGUUGGCUGGUUCGGCCGCGUGCCAGUCGAGCCCGUGGAGCCUGGUGCGGAGCGACAUCAGAAAGUCUGGCAACGCGGUGAGCGCCGCCGCGCCCACCCCCAGCGGCACAGCAGGCAGCGUGUGGGGACACGCCCUGCACACGGUCUCGGAGAAGGUCAACUAGACUAGUAGAGAAGAGUGCCAGUGUCAUAGGUGUGUGUGUGUACAUGAGAGAGUGCGUGUGAGUGUGUGAGCAAGAGAGAGCGAGCGAGCGAGAGAGAGAGAAGGAAAAAGUGAAAACUUUCAACAAAACUCCAGGGAGUAGCUGACAUUCCCAAUCCUCACCCACAACCCCCCACCUGCCCCAACCCCUCCCCCCCAACCCCCUCAGCUCAAACUGACCUUCCAUCUCUCCCCUGUCUUUACCUCUGGACACCGCUAGUCUUCUGCGUCCUAAAGGGGCAUUUCUACUGGUCUGAAAAGCGAAAGCGAGAAAAUGAACGAUGGCGCGGGGGGCUACUAGCCGUACUUGUUGCUUUCCUGAGAGUGAAGAGGCGGUUCGACAUGACAUAAGUGGCCAAUGAGGGACGUGUCCAGUGGAUGCCAGCUGGGUUGUGGUGUGAUACUCACCUCUCAGCUGGAUGUUGGUGGUUUGGGAGAGGGGGGGUGUAGGACUAGGCUACCUGUUCUUAGCAACACCCCCCACACUACCCAGUGGUGGGGGAACUCCCUGAGAGAAAGAGGGGAAAAGAUGGCCUCUUCAGAAGUGCUUUUGUUUUUCUACACAGAAAGUUUAUCAGGACGUUUUAGGACUUGUAAGGUUUAUUUCCCUUUUUGUUUUGUUUUUGGGUUUUUGUCAUUCUGUUUUCGUUUCGUUUUUUCCCCCCCUUUUUGUUUUACAUGAAGGAGGUGGUGGGACUUUGCUGGUAAGGUCAGAAACACUCCUGCAACCAUAUCUCAGUAGCAAAAACAAAAAAAGACAAAAUACACAUGCAUGGACUGUGGUUGUUAACUUAAGACACACUACAUACAUUAUUUCUCCUCAUGCUUUCGGACCAAGACGGGAAUCGCUGGAAGAAUCCACUUUACACUAGGCGACUUGUUUUCUUUUUUUCUGUUUUCUACAUUCCCUCUUUGUCCUCUCUCAUUCUACCAUUAUCCUCCCCUUCUCCUUCCUCCUUGCUGUAUUUCAUAUUGGACUGUGAAUGGACCAUCUUGUGAAGUCCUGAUCUUUGUGACAUGACAAAGUAAGGCCCCCCUACCAGCAUGGCAGAAGCCCCCUCCUCCUAAGGGGGGGCUUAGCUGUCACGCGCAAUAGACUUUUACACAUCUGAAUGCUGUUCUCACAUCGUUACUGUACUUCACACCAGUGUCACCAGCAACACUCAUGAAUUGUGUGUAUGUACGUCUAGUGUAUGCAUGUCUGUAUGUAUGUUUGUGUGUGUUUGACUGGUGAGUGAGUGUGUGACUGAGAGUGUGUUUGUCCUCAUACAUUCUGCACUUUAUUUCUUCCUCGGAUCAUGAUCACAUGGACACAGAUGGUUACCCCCCCACAUAACAUAUACUGUAUUUUUACCCCUCCCAAGACAGUUUUACUGUUAAAAUCACACUAGUUCUGGUCUCUCUGCAUUCCCCCUUUUGUUUAGUACACUAGGCGGUGUGGGUGGGAGAUUAACAUUGUAGGCCUAUAAUAUAUACUGACUGACUAAGUUUAAAAAGACAGACCGAGCAAGCAAGGAGGAGAUGGGAUAGAGGGAGGGGAAAAAAGAGAGAGGGAAGAACAUGGGGAUCUAAAAAAGAAUGUUCAAACGAGUGCAUAGUGUAGUCUAUGCGUGUGUGUGUGUGUGUGUGUG